GCGCCUCGGCGGCACACGCUCCUCCGGGCGCUUUCGCCCCGGGCUGCUUUUCCCGGCGGCAGCGGGGACCCAGGUGGCUGCAGGAACUGAAGGCUGAGCCCCUUCUCUCGCCUGAUUUCUGUAUAUUUCCUUUUCCUCGCACACGCCGAGGGAGCCGCGGCGCAGGACGCAGGAUGCAGCCCGGCUGCGGCGGGUGCUGAGCGCCGUGGCCGCCGGAGGAGGGAGCGGCUCUGUCAGCGCCUCCGCUCCGCGCGGCGGCGGCUCGGGCGGUCCCUCGCCCCCUUCCUCGUCGUGGCCACCCGCCCCAAACUUUCAGCCUGUUGUCGCUGCCAGGCGAAGCCCAGCUCGACAUAAAUGGUGGAGGCGAUAGUGGAGUUUGACUACAAAGCUCAACACGAUGAUGAGCUGACAAUCACUGUCGGUGACAUAAUCACCAAUAUCAAGAAAGAUGACGGAGGCUGGUGGGAAGGACAGCUCAAAGGCAGAAGAGGUUUGUUCCCUGACAACUUUGUAAGAGAAAUAAAGAAAGACAUGAAGAAAGAAAAUACUGCCAACAAACCACCAGAGAAGCCUAUAAAUGAAGUUUCCAAUGGAAGCCCUUUACUGUUGUCUGAGACAAUUAUUAGAACCAACAAAAAAGGAGAGAGGAGCAGAAGAAGAAGAUGUCAGGUGGCUUUCAGUUACAUGCCUCAAAAUGAAGAUGAACUGGAAUUAAAAGUUGGUGACAUCAUUGAAGUUGUGGGAGAGGUGGAAGAGGGCUGGUGGGAAGGUAUACUCAAUGGGAAGACUGGCAUGUUUCCUUCCAACUUCAUAAAGGAGCUCUCUGAUUCUGAUGAUGUUGGAAUAGCACAGGAGGAGCAACUAAAGUCAAGAAAAUCUGCCUUUGAAGGGACAAUUCUGUACAGAGUGGCACCGGCAAAGAUUGACAGCUACAGACGUUAUAACAGCCUAAAAGAUGCUACAGGCUCUGAGAGUGACGGUGGUGACUCUUGCAGUACAAAAUCAGAAGGAGCCAAUGGAGGCACGACAAUCCAACCCAAAAAGGUCAAAGGUGUUGGCUUUGGAGAUAUCUUCAAAGACAAACCCAUAAAGCUACGACCAAGGUCAAUAGAAGUUGAAAACGACUUCCUCCCAGUAGAUAAGAGUGUUGGGAAGAAAUUACCUCCAGCCACAGCAACUCAGGAGCCAACAAAAAUAGAAGUGGACAGCAGAACAAAAAACAAGGAGUAUUGCAAAGUGAUAUUUCCGUAUGAAGCGCAGAACGACGAUGAACUCACAAUCCGGGAAGGUGAUGUUGUCACACUUAUCAGUAAGGAUUGCAUUGAUGUGGGUUGGUGGGAAGGAGAACUCAAUGGCAGACGAGGUGUCUUUCCAGAUAACUUUGUCAAGCUACUCCCUUCAGACUUUGAAAAAGAGAGACCGAAGAAACCACCACCUCCAUCAGCUCCUGUCAUCAAACAAGGAUCAGGGACCACAGAUCGAAAGCAUGAAAUCAAGAAGAUACCACCCGAAAGGCCAGAAUGUCUUCCUAAUCGAACAGAAGAAAAAGAAAGAUCAGAGAGAGAGCAAAAGCAGCUAGACUUGCAGAAGCCUUCAGUUCCUGCUAUACCUCCGAAGAAACCCCGGCCCCCCAAAGCCAAUGCUGUGUCCAGACCUGGCACCUUGCCCCCGAGACGACCAGAAAGACCAGUUGUGCCUGUGACUCAUGCAAGGAGUGAUAGUCCAAAAGUGGAAUUAGUGGGCAGUACGGUAUCUGGCACGCUAGAGAAAGACUCCUCUGAAAGAAGCAAUGACAUCGACUUGGAAGGUUUUGAUUCUGUAAUACCAAUUGCUGAGAAGCUUAAUCAUCCAACUACAACCAGACCAAAAGCUACUGGCAGGCGACCACCCUCCCAGUCUCUCACAUCUUCAUCCCUUUCAAGCCCUGAUUUCUUUGACUCACCAAGUCCUGAAGAUGAGAAGGAAGACCAUGUUUCCAUUACUCACAAAACUCUUGAAGUGUCAAGGAAAUCAAGAACUGUUACAAUAUCACAAGUGUCUGAUAACAAAACUUCCUUGCCUCCAAAACCAGGAGGUCUGGCUAGUGGCAGUAAUGUACAACCAUCACUAUCCCCUUCACCAUCACCUGGAUUUCACUCAAUUGCUAUGGGAACAACAGGCCACAGGUCAAAUUCCCCAUCCCUGUUUGGUACUGAAGGAAAGCCAAAGACUGAGCACUUGAGCCAAGGUCAGACUGCCCUGGAGGAGCUGAGAACACAAAUUAGGGAGCUGAGAACCAUCAUUGAAACCAUGAAAGACCAGCAAAAAAAAGAGAUAAAACAGUUGCUCUCUGAGUUGGAUGAAGAGAAGAAGAUCCGUCUACGAUUGCAGAUGGAAGUUAAUGACAUAAAGAAAGCUCUUCAAUCAAAGUGAAUACUUGAUAGGUGGAAUGUUGCAUUAUUCUUCAUGACUGAGACUCAAAUUUAUGCCCCAGCCAAAAUAACUUUGUGCCAAAUGAUUUAAGAAUUGCCUCAACAUCCCUUUAUUUGAAGGAUUAGCACAACAGUUUUUGAUAGCACAACAAAAAUACCAACAAGAACAAAUUUCUACCCAAAGCCGUGCUGUGCGGCACUAGUUGUGACUGAAUUGAUCUUCUUGUGCUAAAGGCUCUCUACUUCAAGAUCCUAGGUGAAAUGAAAACUCAGGCAGUUUAGUCCAUAGUGGUACUAUUUUGAUGAUAUUUUUCCAUAAAUAAAGUGUAUUUCAGAUUAUCUGUUUACAAGCUUUAUGAUUUUGACUUUUGGUUUUUAAUUGUCUUUUGUCACAGAUUUUAAGAUGUUUGUACUUCAUAUAGCCAGGAAUGAAUGUUAAUGUUGGGGCUGAAGGGAUUAUUUUUGCUUCGAGAUUGAACAGCCUACUUUUCGUUAUGGUUUUAAGUUCUGUUAAAUAUGCAAUUUUUUGUCCCCAGUUCCCCUACAACUUAAACUUACAUUGUGUACAGUAAUGUAUUUACAAGAAGGAAACAAACCAACAGAAGUCUGGUCUUUGCAAUGAUUUGUGCCUUUCUUUGCCACACACUGACUGGAGCCGGUUGAGGCCAGGUCUCCCUAUGUAGCCACCACAGCAACUCCUGUCCCCGGUGUCCUGCUGUCCCCGGUGUCUGGCAGAGGUCACCUUCCCAGCGCUGGCCAGGAGAGCACGUUGGUGCCAGCUGGCAGGACAAAAGGGCACAGCUGAGAGCAGCUUUGUCUUGAGCAGCUGUGGCUUUUUAGCUUCCCUGGUUUGGAUAGGCCUCUCCCUCAACCUGAAUGUUCAUCUCCGCUUGAUUUUCAUUAGAUGAUUUAAACACCCACCUCUGUCCCCAAUUUUGCACAGAGUGAACAGAAUAUGCAUUAUUAAAGCAAAAAUAAAUAAAAGUAAUCUAUAAAACAUGAAUAAAAAGUUGUAUUAUUUCAUGCACAA